AUGAAGAUGAGAGACGCCCUCAUAUUAUAUAGCUUGUUACAAGCUAGUCUAGCAUGGACAACUACCGAGCCUUUACUACCGAAACGAGCAGACUCUUUCCAGAAUCCAGUGGUAUAUGAAGACUUCGCCGAUAAUGACGUCUCUAUUGGUCCAGACGGAUUAUACUACUUCUCCGCCUCCAAUAUGCAUUACAGUCCAGGCGCUCCCAUCUUAAGAUCUGGUGACCUCAUCAACUGGGAACUUAUCGGUCACUCCGUGCCCAGUCUCGAUUUCGGCGAGAAGUAUAAUCUGACGAAUGGCCAUGCAUAUAGAGGUGGAACAUGGGCGUCCACGAUGCGGUUUCGCGAGAGUACCGGGCUUUGGUACUGGAUCGGCUGCGUCGACUUCUGGUAUACUUACAUUUAUACCGCCGAGGACGUCACUGGGCCAUGGACCCGCGCGGCUGUGCUUCCAGGCGGCACAUGCUACUAUGACUGCGGCCUCCUUAUCGAUGACGACGAUACUAUGUAUGUCGUAUACGGCUCCACUGAUGUGUCUAUAGCCCGGCUAUCUGAAGAUGGACUCAGCCAGGUAGAGACCAAACACAUCUUCAGUGCCUCUGAUGUAGGGAAAGAUGGAAUCGAAGGAAAUCGCAUGUACAAAAAGGAUGGGCUCUACUACAUCCUUGACGACCAUCCAGGCGAUAUUACCUAUAUAUGGAAAUCCGAAAGCCCCUGGGGACCCUAUGAGAGCAAAAUACUAGUCAAUGGUGUUAAAUCUCCAGUGCCCAAUGGCGGAGCUCCGCAUCAAGGAAGUCUCAUCCAGGCGUCAACAGGUGACUGGUACUACAUGUCUUUCACAUGGGCAUAUCCAAAUGGCCGUAUACCUGUUCUGGCUCCAAUAAAGUGGGGAGAUGAUGGCUUCCCCCUUUUUGUUGCCGACGAGUCUGGUGGAUGGGGUUCAUCUUAUCCAGCACCACUUCCUGUCAAAGCCGUCCAAAAAUGGACUCGUACUGACACUUUCGAUGGCAAUACCUUAGGCCCAGACUGGGAAUGGAAUCACAAUCCUGAUGAGACAAAGUACAAGGCUGGCAAUGGCGGAGUGACUUUAUCUACUGCGACCGUAACGGACGACUUGUACGCAGCACGCAACACCCUAACCCAUCGCAUUCAUGGAGAGUUCCCCGUCGGUACUCUUCAAGUUGAUUUUACUAAUAUGGCCGACGGUGACCGAUUUGGCCUUGCAGCUUUCCGGGAUCGCACUGCUUAUAUCGGUAUCCAUCGUGAUGGGUCCAAGUACACAUUAUCCGUCGUGCACAACAUCACACAAGAAGAAUCUGCAUGGAAUACGACCCGUCUCGGCGACGUAGUAGCAACAACAGCAGAUACCCCUCAAGAUAAGACAAUUUGGCUUCGGGCGUCGCUGGACGCUCGAGCGAGCGGUAGUUACGCGGCCAAUUUUUCAUACAGUACAGACGGGCAAAAGUUCACCCAGUUAGGGGAACCUUACACGAUGUAUACUAACUGGGCAUAUUUCAUGGGCUAUCGCUUUGGCAUUUUUAACUAUGCCACCAAGAAGCUAGGUGGCUCGAUCAGAGCUUUGUCUUUUACAAGUGCAUAA